AGAUUAUCCAACAAUUCUAUACACUGUUUGUUUAAGACACAGCCUACCUAGUAUAAACGCAGUUUGACUUGUAAAUGCAUUCACCAAACAGAAAUUGUUUAUUUACAGGUAAACUGACUUCCCUCCAUCGGCUUCACUUGCAUAGCAACCAUCUAGUCAAAGUGCCUGCUUGCCUUGCUGGAUUGCCCAACUUGACUCAUCUGGACUUGCAGAACAACAAUCUACAUUCUGUUCCUUAUGAAAUUGAAACUUUUCUUUAUUCGUAUUUGAAAGGGAACCCAAUUGGACAGACGGAGUCCACUUUUCAUGAAUCACAAGCAGAUCGGCCUUCUUCCAAAGAGCCACCACGAAUGCAAAUAACUGUUGAGAAACAGAGUUUCCUUGUUACGGAGGAUGGUGGUAAGGUUCGUCUCCAUGCAGGAAUGGAAUUAGACUUUCCAAUGGGUGCUGCUACGAAGCUGACAGUGCGUUGGAGAGUUUUUUAUCCCAGUAGAAACUGGGUGAAGCUGGCACACCAUGAUCUCCUUCUAAGUGAAAUUUUAGAGCUGCAGCCUCAUGGAACACUAUUCAAUGAUGUAAGUUUCAGGUUUUAGGAAUUAACAGUAACAAUCGGUAAAUCAAGUUUUACUUACAAUUAUAAUGAUCUCAUUCUUACAAUAUUGUAGAUGGCUGAACAAAAGAGGGCCUUUAAGCAAUUGCAGUUUAUAUAUGUUCACUUUCAUAUAAGCAAUGUAUAUUGUGACCACCACAGGCUACACAGCUCCCCAAACACUCAACACAAUGGACACUAGGCACAAGUUAAGCGCAGGACACAUUUAUGUAGCUGUGGAAAAUACUUUUCCCUUGCUCUCUACCUAUGCAGUACAGUAUAAACAAGCACUAAUAAACACCAAAUACAUAGUCCCUUUCUUCUCCUUGUCUAUUCUCUCUCUCUCUUGUGCCUCCACUAUUCCCUCAAACUUCGUCCACUUCCUCCCGACUCUGGCUCCCUGAAUGGAGUGAGGUGGCUCCUUUUAUAGGAUACCCGGAAGUACUCCAGGUGUCUGGUGAUUUUCUUCUGGCAGCACUUCCACAUAUGGCGGCAGUCCUGCUAAGGAGGGCUCAACCAUUCCCCUUGCGCCCCCUGGCGGUGGCCAUGGACCCUGUUGAGCUUCCUUGCACCCACCCCAUGGCACCACAGCAAGCCAGGGGUGGGCAGCCCUCUGUCAUCCCAAGGUAGGUAUUGCCCAGUGCAAGCUCCUUCCCCUGGUCCUUCCAUUACGAAUGCAUCCCAGCUGUCCAUCACAAUAUGAAAGUUGAAAGUCAACCUUAUCCAAGUGUCUUUACUCAUUAAAUGUCAGAUUACUUUAUGAGA